AUGCCCGCCCACCUACAAGCAGUCCAGUCAGCACCUAGCAGCAGGCCACCAGACCAGACCAGCAGAGCACACCUCGGAGCCAUCGCAUCGUCAGCCGCUCGCUCGCCUUACGCCUCACUCACACCUCAAGUCGUCUUCAACGGGCCGCCUGCCUACCUUUACCGCUCCGACCUCUACGGGCUUGACCUUGCUUUCUCCCACGCCUUGCAGCAGCAGCAGCAGCAGCAGCAGCAGCAGCAGGUCCCCUUCGUUGUGCUUAAGUUCCAGUAG